AUGGAUAAAAUCAAUGAAAUGAAGAUUGCCACAGGGGAAACAGCAGAGGAAAAGAGACUGAGGGGGAAUGAGAAUGAGAAUGAGAAGGGGAUGAGUCAAGUGCAUGGGAUUAAACUUCCUCGGGUGUCGAUUCAGUUUUGCACGCAGUGUAAAUGGAUGUUGAGGGCGGCUUAUUUCGCACAAGAACUCCUCUCAACCUUCGGAACAGAUAUCGGAGAAGUCGCCCUUCAACCUAGUACCGGUGGUACAUUUGUUGUUGAAUUGUUCACAGACGCGAACGCGAGUAAGAAUGCUGCUAGUCAAAAGGAAGGAGAAGCGGAAGAGAACGUGGAUGAAGUAAAGGAAGUUAAGAUAUUGAAACAUACUCUUUGGGAUCGGAAAAGUGAGGGAGGAUUUCCUGAAACAAAAGAAUUGAAAAAGAGACUCAGGAAUAUCAUUGAUCCGUCAAGAGAUCUGGGCCAUGUUGAUGGAAAGAAAUCAACAACAACAGCCACUGCUUCUGCCUCUAACUCAGCACCUAACAACCAGCUCCAAUCUUCAGCACAGAAAGAUUCCGCACCAACAGCUAUCAAAGCAUCUACCUCAACCCCAGUUAACACCAUAUCUCAACCCUCAGCUUCCAGCCCCGUAUCUGCUCUCCAGCUGAAUGAAGCUAAGCCAGAAGAGGUAAAGGAGAAGAAGCAAGAAGAAGAGAAAGUAAUUCUAAAUGAGAGAGGUAAAAUUGUAAUCACGGGAUUGGAAGGAGAGGGAGGAUUUGGGGUAUGCAGACCUGGAGAUGAGGAGUGUGGUGGAUUUUAA